CCGGCCAGCUGCAGACAGCCCCGUAGACAGCCAGCACCAAGCAGAGUUGGGACAGGCCACCUGCGCCCUGGGCCUGGUGGGCCUGAGAGGUGUCUCGGGAGCAGAGCUCAGGCCACCUGGGCAUGCCGAGCCCUCAGCACUGGGGCCGGGGCAGGUCAUGAAGAGCCCCAAGGAGGAGACCACUGGGGAGCCAGCGGAGAUGGGCUGGGGGCCUGCAAGGCCCUCUGGAGGCCACAGCAGCGGGCACGAGGUCCAGAGUGGGGCCAUGCACUCACCCUGUGGCCGGGAGCAGGCGGUGCCUGAGGAGGCCAAGGCGCCAGUCCGAGGUGACCUGGCUCUGCAGCUGCUGGCCGUGCGGAGGAAGAGUGGACAGCCAGACCCCGGCCUGCAGCAGGCCCUGCGGGGACGGCUGCGCCUGCUGGAGAACGAGAGCCAGGAGGUGGCCCGCGUGCUGGGGGAAUUGUCAGCCAGACUGUUGUCUAUCCACAGUGACCAGGAUCGGAUCAUGGUGACGUUUAAGACUUUUGAAGAAAUCUGGAAGUUUUCCACCUACCACGCUCUUGGCUUCACACAUCACUGCUUGGAAAACCUGUUGGUGGACCGGGCCUUCUGGCUGCUCUGGCCAGGCGAGGAGGAGGAGACGGCCAUCCAGGUGCACGUGGAGGAGGACGCCUUGAGGCGGACCCACCAGAGCCUGCUGGCCCAGGAAGGGCCUUUCUUUGUCCUGUGUCCUGACCACCAUGUGAGACUGACGACGGGCCGCCAGAGUGUGGGGAAGGGCCCCCAGGUCCCCAGGAAGGCUUCGGGGCACUCCCUGGGGGACGUGGCCCUGGAAGCGGACUCUUCAAGCCCCAUUCCCACCACGUCUGGGGCGGCAGCAGCAGCGGCGGCCCCGGAGCCCUUGAUUCCGUUCCAUCAGUGGGCCCUUAGGGCCCCCUGGGGCCCAGUGGACGACUCCGUGGGUGGACCUGUGACAUCUGACAGCUCACUGAUGGGGUGUGGCCAAGCCUCAGCGGUGGCGGACUUCCAGGGCUCAGGGCCUGAAGAGGUGUCCUUCCAUGCCGGCGACCUCAUCGAGAUCCUGGGUGCCCAGGUGCCCAGCCUGCCCUGGUGCGUGGGCCGGCACGUGGCCUCAGGCCAGGUGGGCUUCGUGCGGACCAGCCACAUCAGCAUGCAGGGCCCGGUGUCUGAGUUGGAGAGCGUGGUCUUCCUGGACGAGGGAGAGAGGGUGUUCUUCAGCAGCGAGGGGCACCUUUCGGAGGACACCGCGCAGCGCUUGCUGAGCAGGAUGGCGGGCACCGAGGUCUGCUCCGUGCACAGUCUGGACCGCCUGGCAGAAGCAGAGGGUGUGCAGCCUGAGGAGCGAGAAAUGCCUCUACCCGGCCUCAACCCCGAGCCCCAGGAGACCCUGCGGACAGUGAAGGAUGUUCUAGAACAAUGCAAGACCUUCCCAGGCUGCCCUGAGGAGGAGCCCGAGGCCAGGGGUCUCCAGGAGGCUUCUGGCAGUGUGAGCUCCCCCGACACCGCCGAGCCCCCCUUCUGCCUGCUUCCCGAGGACAGUAGGACGGACCCAGAGGCCCUGGGCUCGCUGCUGCAGACCCUGAACGCCCCUGGGUACCAGGCCUGCUUCCGUGGCCUAUAUGACGCCUGCCUGCCGUGGCUGGGCAGCGUGUUCUGCAGCUUUGCUGAUGAGGAGGAGCUGGCCGGGCUCCUGGCACGGGCCCGGGAGAUGGCCAAGAAGGCUGGCCUGGGCAUGGCACUGGCCAGACUCUGCUUCCUCCUGGGACGGCUGUGUGCCCGGAAGCUCAAGCUCUCCCAGGCCCGCGUGUACUUUGAGGAAGCCCUGAGGGCCCGCGGGGGCUGCUUUGAGGACCUCUUCCUGGUGGUGGCCGUGUAUGCAAACCUGGCCACCAUCUACCUGAAGCAGAAAUCCAGGGAGAAGUGUGCCCAGGUGGUGCCCAAAGCUGCGGCCCUGCUCCUGGGCACGCCCAGCCACAUCUGCAGCACCGAGGCAGAGGCGGAGCUCCUGCGGUUCGCGCUGCGGAGGGCCAUCAGUGGCGGGAGCCCACAGGCCGAGGCCCGGGCCUGCUUCCUGCUGGCCAGGCACCACACCCACCUCAAGCAGCCGGAGGAGGCCCUGCCCUACCUGGAGAGGCUGCUGCUGCUGCACAGGGACCUGGGCGCCCCGCCCGCCGCCUGGCCUCUGAGCUGCUACCUGCUCCUGGCCGACACCUACAGCAGGAAGUGCCUGCCCCACCUGGCUCUGAGCUGCAUCAGGGUGGCCUCGCUGCGGACCCCAGGCUCGCUGGCCAGCUCCCUGAGGAGCGUGGACCUGGUCCUCUGGAACGCCCCCCGGCUGCACGGCCAGAGGACGGCAGCUCACAGCCUCCCUGCCCAGGCUGCCCACUACCUCAGGCAGGCGCUGGCCUCCACGGCCACAGGCACGGGGCGGGCCCUUCGCAGCCUGCUGUAUGCCAGCCUGGCCCAGCUGCACAGCCACCAUGAGCAGCACGGGCAGGCCAUCGCCUUCAUGAUGCGGGCGGUGGAGGCCGACGCCACGGCCGGUGCGCGCCCCGUGGUGGACCGCCUGGUGGUGCUGGCCUGGUUGCACCUGCUCCACGGGCAGAGCCUGGUGGCCCUGGACAUCCUGCAGUCCAUCCUGGAUGCAGAUGUGGCCAGCGAGGACCAGGAGGGUGUGAUUGUCAACAUGGCGGCCAUCGCCCUGAAGAGGACGGGCAGGACCCGGCAGGCGGCCGAGGGCUACUACMGCGCCCUGCGCCUGGCUCGGGGCCUGGGCCAGCUGCGGAACCAGGCAGUGGUCCUGGCCAACUUCGGGGCGCUGUGUCUGCAGGCCAGUGCCGUCGGGCUGGCCCAGCACUACCUCCUGGAGGCCAUCAGACUCUUCUCACAGCUGCCCAUCGGGGAGUGUGGUCAGGACUUCACCCAGGUGCUCCUGUGGACGGGCCACCUGUGCACCCGCCGGGCCCUCGCCCAGCAGGGCAAGUGUUACUACCAGUGGGCCUUUCUGGUCGCCGUGGAGACGGGCCACCUGGAGAGCCAACUGCAAGCCGUCCAGCAGCUGUGCCACUUCUAUAGCAGUGUCAUGCCCAAUGAGGCACAGAGCGUCAUCUACCAUGAGUUCCAGCUCACACUGGCCCGCAGGAGAGCCGACAAGGUGUUGGAGGGACAGCUCCUAGAGGCCAUCAGUCAUCUGUACCUGUCACUGGGCACCGAGCGGGCCUACAAAUCCGCUCUGGACUACACCAAGCGGAGCCUGGGGAUAUUCAUCGACCUGCAGAAGAAGGAGAAGGAGGCCUAUGCCUGGCUGCAGGCRGGGAAGAUCUACUACAUCCUGCGUCAGAACGAGCUGGUGGAUCUGUACAUCCAGGUGGCGCAGAACGCGGCCCUGUACACUGGGGACCCCAACCUGGGGCUGGAGCUGUUCGAGGCGGCAGGAGACAUCUUCUUCAAUGGCAGCUGGGAGCGGGAGAAGGCUGUGUCCUUCUAUCGGGACCGGGCGCUGCCCCUGGCCGUCACCGUGGGAAACCGGGAGGCGGAGCUGCGGCUGUGCAACAAGCUGGUGGCCCUGCUGGCCGCGCUGGAGGCCCCGCAGGAGGGCCUGGAGUUCGCCCACGAGGCCCUGGCUCUCAGCAUCACCCUGGGUGACCGGCUGAACGAGCGAGUGGCCUACCACCGGCUGGCCACCCUGCACCACCGGCUGGGCCACGGCGAGCUGGCCGAGCACUUCUACCUCAAGGCCCUGUCGCUCUGCAGCUCUCCGCUGGAGUUCGAGGAGGAGACGCUGUACUACGUGAAGGUGUACCUGGCGCUCGGCGACAUCAUCUUCCACGACCUGAAGGACCCCUUCGACGCAGCGGGCUACUACCAGCUGGCGUUGGCCGCGGCCGUGGACCUGGGCCACAAGAAGGCCCAGCUGAAGAUCUGCUCGCGCCUGGCCACCAUCUAUCACCACUUCCUCAUGGACCGCGAGAUGUCCCUCUUCUUCUACCAGAAGGCCAGGACCUUCGCCUCCGAGCUCAACGCCCGCAGGACCAACCUGGUGCCCCAGCGCUUCUGCAGCAGGGCCCCCUGGCUGGCCCCCGGCCACCUGCCCUGACGCCCAGGGACUGGCCCUGGGAAGGACCUCUGCCUUCCUGGGGCUCUGGGGGCUCCUGGCAGGCUGGACGCAGGGAAAUAGC